AAAGCACUCACACCGGAUGAAUAGACGCCAUCUCGCAGGAUUCAAAACCAGGAAAUUCCUUCACGUUACGGCCUGAAAUCAAGUCUCGUCUAGUAGGAAAAACAGAAACGCCUGUAAAAUGAGUGUGUAUGAGGAGAAAGAGCAGCAGGUUUCUGUUGACACUCAGAGAGCAGCAUCUCCAGGAUUCAGCUGUGUGUCUAUGAAGAGUAACAACUCCAUGCAUCUGCCCCCUGUUCUAAGUGAUGUUGACGCUCAGAGAUCAGUAUCUGCAGGAUUCAGCUGUGUGUCCGUGAAGAGCAAUAGAUCCAUCGGUCUGCCCCCUGGUCUCAGUGAUGUUGACGCUCAGAGAGAAGCAUCUCCAGGAUUCAGCUGUGUGUCUAUGAAGAGUAACAACUCCAUGUUUCAGCCCCCUGGUCUCAGUGAUGUUGACGCUCAGAGAUCAGCAUCUGCAGGAUUCAGCUGUGUGUCUAUGAAGAGCAACAUCUCCAUUGGUCUGCCCCCUGAUCUCAGUGAUGGAUCUGCUGUGACCUCUGACCCUGUUAUCAUCAGCAGAAAUAGAAAGAGAGCAGCAUCUCCAGUAUCUAGCUGUGUGUCUAUGAAGAGUAACAAACCCAUUGGUCUGCCCCCUGAUCUCAGUGAUGGACCUGCUGUGACCUCUGACUCUGUCAUCAGCAGAAAAAGAAAGAGAGCAGCAUCUCCAGUAUCUAGCCGUGUGUCUGUGAAGAGUAACAACUCCAUUGGUCUGCCUCCUGAUCUCAGUGAUGGAGCUGCUGUGACCUCUUACUCUGUUGGCUGGAGAGCUGACCAGAUCAGAUAUGUGUCCUAUCAGACAUUAACAUCCUCCUACAGUCAUAAACAACACAGACACAAAGACAAUCAAAAAAACAUCAAGACCAAAACUCACCAAACAUUACAUUAUAAAAGCCAGAGAGUCAAAGACCAGCACAAAACCAGCAUGAAGAACAGGUAUGAGAGCUUAUUUGAGGGAAUCAACCUACAAGAGAAUCAAACCCUCCUGAACAGGAUUUACACACAGCUGUACAUCAUAGAGGGAGAGAGUGAAGGAGUGAAUGAAGAACAUGAGGUCCUACAGAUGGAGAAAAGUUACAGGACACACCAAGACACUCCAAUUAACUGCAAUGACAUCUUUAAUCCUUCGCCUGAACCAGGAUAUGAGGAGAAGAGAAGACAGAAAAAUGACACAAUAAAGACUGUUCUUACUAAAGGCAUCGCUGGAACUGGAAAAACCGUCUCUGUGCAGAAGUUCAUUCUAGACUGGGCCGAGGGAAGAGCCAAUCAGGAUGUAGAUUUCAUGUUUGUGCUUCCAUUUAGAGAGCUGAACUUGAUUAAAGAUCAUCAUUACAGUCUUCACAGACUUCUGCUUGACUUUCAUCCUGAACUUCAGUAUCUGGACUCAAAGAUUUAUGAUAAAUGUAAAGUUGUGUUCAUCUUUGAUGGUCUGGAUGAAAACAGAAUUUCACUGAUGUUUUCAGACUGUCAGAAAGUUUCUUAUGUGACUGAGGUUUCAUCAGUUAGUCUGUUGAUGUCAAACCUCAUGAAAGGAGAUCUGCUUCCCUCAGCUCUCAUCUGGAUCACCACCAGACCAGCAGCAGCCAAUCAGAUCCCCUCCAAAUACAUCAACCGUGUGACAGAAAUUCAGGGAUUCAAUGACCCUCAGAAGGAGGAAUAUUUCAGGAAGAGAAUCAGUGAGGAGCAUCAAGCCAGCAGAAUCAUCUCACACAUCAGAAGAGCAAGAAGUCUCCACAUCAUGUGCCACAUACCCGUCUUCUGCUGGAUCUCAGCCAGUGUGCUUCAAAACAUCCUGAAACAAGAUCUCAGUGCAGAAAUCCCUCAAACUCUGACUGAAAUGUACAUCUACUUCCUGCUCAUUCAAACAAAUAUGAGGAACCAGAAGUAUGAAGAGAGAGAUGCAGAGAAACCCUUGCGGUCCAACAGAGAAGUGAUUGUGAAACUGGCUGAACUGGCUUUCAAUCAGCUGAUGAAGGGCAAUGUGAUGUUCUAUGAGGAGGACCUGAGAGAGAGCGGCAUAGACGUCACUGACGCCUCGGUGUAUUCUGGGAUUUGCACUGAGAUCUUUAGGGAGGAAUCUGUGAUUUAUCACAGGAAGGUUUACAGCUUUGUACAUCUGAGCUUCCAGGAGUUUUUUGGAGCACUGUAUGUGUUUUACUGUUAUUUACACAAGAACAGUGAAGUUCUGAAAAUGUUCCUGACAGGAAAGUCCAGAACUCAGUGUGAGGAUAUUCCUCUGGAUGCGUUUCUGAAGGGAGUAAUGAAUAAAGCCUUGGAGAGUAAAACUGGACACCUGGAUCUUUUCCUUCGGUUUCUUCAUGGCGUCUCACUGGAGUCCAAUCAGAGACUCUUACAGGAUGUGCUGAUACACACAGAGAACAACCCAGAGAGCAUCAAGAAAAUAAUCCAAAACCUUAAACGAGGUCAAAAAGACAAUGUUAGUCCUGACAGAUGGAUAAAUAUGUCACACUGCUUGAUUGAGAUGAAGAAUAAUUCUGUUGUUGAAGAAAUGCAGGCCAAAAAAAAAUCAGACACAAAAAAAAAAGAACUUUCUCUUGCACAAUGCUCAACUUUGGCAAACAUGAUCCUGAUGUCAGAGGAGGUGCUGGAUGAGUUUGAUCUUAAAGAAUACACAACCAAAUCAAAAGAUGGGAGACGGAGACUGUUACCUGCUGUGAGGAACUGCAGAAAAGCUCUAUUGACAAGCUGUAAUCUCACUGAUCAACACUGUGAAAUUGUGGCUUCAGCUCUACAAUCAUCAAACUCCCUGAGAGAGCUGGACCUGAGUCACAAUCACCUGCAGCAUUUAGGAGUGGAGCUGCUCUGUGCUGGACUGAAGAGUCCAAACUGUCAACUCAACAUACUGAGGUUUGGCUUUCACAUUGAUUCAUAUGUCUGUCUGCGUGUGUGUGUGUGUGUGUGUGUGUGUGUGUGUGCUGUACUCACUCACAAAAUAAGUUAUUAUAUUCAGUGUUGGGCAAGUUACUCUGAAAAUGUAAUCAAAUUACUGAUUCCUGCUUACUCCUUUUAAAAGUAAUCGUGUUACUGUUCUGAUUACUUUAUUACAAAAGUAAUUAGUAGUUAGUUACAUUACUAGUUACUUUACAUUUUUCUCCAAUAAAUUUAUGAAAUCUCAGCAUACACGCACCCGAUAAAUAUUUGUUGUUAAAGCCAGAGGCAUCAUGCCCAUUCAAAGUGAGGGGGCAAGUGCCUCCUCAGAUUUCUGAGCCAAGUGAAUUUUAAAUACAGCUUCCAAAAGACAAUUUUUUUUUUUUUAAAUUUUUUAUAUUUGAUACAAUCACACUGGUAUGAUUAGAUCGUUCAGUAGC